AUGGCCGAACAGCUUAAUCUAUCGAACUUUGAAGAUGCACGCACUUAUCUUCGUAAACUACGUGAGGACCAAAUUCGAGAUGCAGCCAUGGUGGUCCAGAUAUGGGAAGAAGUCCUUAUGAAUUAUGCCUACAACCUAGGAGAUGAAUUAUGGUUAAUUUAUGAACAAGUGUGUAUUGCUGCACUUGACUGUCGACGACCAGAUCUAGCAAUGGUUUGUAUAGAAGAACUUGAAGCCAAAUUUCCAAAGAGUCUGCGUGUUACGCGCCUAGAAGGAAUGUUCUACGAGUCACAAGACAGAUAUGACAAGGCACAGCAGCUGUAUGACCACAUCUUAUCUGAAGAUGAAACUAAUAUGUUUGCCCGCAAACGACAAGUUGCUAUCCUGAAGGCACAAGGGAAGAUUCCAGAAGCUAUAGCCAAACUGAAUGAUUAUUUAAAAGAAUUUAUGACUGAUUUUGAAGCAUGGAUGGAACAGUGUGAUUUGUAUAUAGCUGAAAUGGAUUAUGCAAAAGCUUCUUUCUGCAUGGAAGAGUUAAUCCUGUCUAAUCCACACAACCAUCUUUAUCAUCUUAAGUAUGCAGAAAUUAAAUACACCCAAGGUGGAUCGGAGAAUUUAGAAAUUGCUAGAGCUUAUUUCAGUGAAGCUGCUAAACUGAACCCGCGCAAUCUUCGCAGUUUAUUUGGUUUAUUAAUGACUGCAAGUGGUUUAGCUGUUUAUCAGGCCAAGAAUGCACGGGAACGGCAAGCUAACACAAAAUAUGCCCUGUGGGCGGCUGAGCAGAUCACUGAAAUCUAUCAGAGUGAAUUAAAUAAGAAACAAGUGGGUGAAAUGAAAGUGAUGGAAACCAUUGAAAAAUUGUUGUCUUCGCUGCAGCUUCCUCCUGGGAACUGA